CGCUCACAUCGAUGCCCGCCGUCAGAGUGUUUGCACUGAACGCCGGUUUAGCCCUUUUGAUAGCAUUUGUCUUACAAAUGGUUGUCUUCGUACCACUGUUUGUGUUGGACACUCGCAGACAACUCGACAAUAGGUUCGAACUCUUCUGUUGCUUUCAAUUGUCUAAAAGACGUGAUUUGGAAGAAGAGGAAACUGUCGGAAAGGGAGCUCUUUAUAAGUUCUUUGAGCACAUAUACGCGCCUUUGCUUAUGAAAGAUUACAUUCGGGUGCCAGUCGUGAUUCUAUUCAUGGGCUGGUUGUGCACAUCCAUUGCUGUCAUUAAUAAAUUAGAUGUGGGUCUCGAUCAGGACAUAUCUAUGCCAUCAGAUUCCUAUGUAUUGCGCUAUUUUGAGGCUCAAACCAAGUCAUUAGGAGUGGGCCCUCCUGUCUAUUUCGUAGUCAAGUCUGAUUACGAUUACGCUAACAGACAACAGCUCAUCUGCACGAGCGCCGGCUGUUCAUCCAAUUCAUUGGGAGCCAUACUAAGCGAUGCCUCCAAACAUUCCAAUGAAUGUAUAUAUCGGCCAAGACAACGAUUGUUAACCCACCUGCUGAUGUACCCAACCCGGCCAGAAAAACUACCGCUGUUACUCCGGCUGUAUAAGGGGCUAUUCAAAUUAGCGCUCAUAGAGCUUCAAAACCUCUCAGAUAUCCCGAACCCUUAUUGUUCCAAAGGUGGUGGACCUGCCUAUGGAUCAGCUGUUAAUUGGCACUGGAAUAACAGUACAACUAAGGAUAUAAUUCUCAUUAAGGCUUCGUCUUUCAAUACAUAUCAUACAGUGCUAAAGAAUUCUCAUGAUUUCAUAUCUGCCCUCAAAAACGCCAGAAUCUUAGCCGAGAGUUUGACUCAAUCCAUAAACGCUGAUAAUAAAGAGGGCGAUCAAUACGUGGAAGUGUUUCCUUACAGCAUAUUCUAUGUGUUUUACGAACAAUACCUGUCCAUCUGGAGGGACACAAUCAUCAAUAGAUCUGUGGGUAUAUCAGUGGAGUUCUGCUCCCAUAUAACCCGCGGUUAUGUCAUGAGUGAGGGCUCGACACGAGUCGAGAGAGCGGAAGAGUCGUUGGCAACUAUGGGCUCCUCAGUGCUGUCGGGCAUAACAUUCACCAAAUUCGCGGGAAUUGCAGUCCUGGGGUUCGCCUCAUCCAAGAUAUUCCAGAUAUUCUACUUUCGUAUGUAUUUGGGAAUAGUAUUAAUCGGUGCCUUACAUGGACUGGUAUUCCUACCCGUCGUCCUCAGUAUAAUGGGCUCUCAAUUAAGGCACCGAACCUUUGACUCAAUUUAAUAGAUACUGUAAUCAAUGCCUAUAUUUAUAUAUUUAUCUUAUAAACCACUUUAACUAUUGUUGCUAUUGUUUUGCCAUUAAAUUAAGAUUUUAUAGAUUAUAUAUAUUUUAAAUAAAAUUAAUCAACACUUUUACAAAUCCAGGGAAAUUUAUUGAAUGUCCAA